GCGUCACUCACAGGACUCAACCAAAGUGCUUUACUUCCGGUGCUUAUCUUUUACCGUAGACAAAAGUGUUGGCACCAGUGCUCAGACAUUUUUUACGAACCGGAGCGUUAAGCCUUUUCCCUCUGGUCCGCCUCUUUAGCAGAAAGUACCGGUUCCGUCUCUACGGCAAACCCCGUCGCCGCAGCAGCGCGUGAGUGGACCGUGCCGAGCGAGAAAGCUGCAGCCCGCGUCGGUGGAGUCAAAAUGGCGUCUGUUUGCCCACUAAACUCUGCUUUAAUCCAUUUGUGAUCACCCCCGAGAGCUGCUCCCAGCGACCCGCAGCUGCUCUCUAGCCCCUCGGCUCCACAGACGGUUGCAGUAGGAGCACCGGGCAGCAUCAUGUCGGACUCAGAGGAGGACAGCCAGGACAAGCAGCUGAAAAUCGUCGUGGUUGGAGACGGAGCCUGCGGGAAGACAUCACUCGCCACCAGGUUUGCACAGGAGUCCUUUGGGAAGCAGUACAAACAAACCAUAGGCCUGGAUUUCUUUCUGAAGAGAAUAAGCCUUCCAGGAAAUCAGAAUGUGACCCUGCAGGUGUGGGACAUCGGAGGGCAAACACUAGGAGGGAAAAUGCUGGACAAAUAUGCAUAUGGAGCUCAUGGUGUUCUCCUGGUGUAUGACAUUACCAACUACCAGAGUUUUGAAAAUCUGGAGGACUGGUUCAGCAUGGUGAAGAAAUCCAACGAGGAAUCUGAUAUUCAGCCUAUUAUGUUCCUGGUGGGCAACAAAAUCGACCUGGAGCACAUAAGGACGGUGAAGGCUGACAAACACCAGCGCUUCUGCCAAGAAAACGGCCUCUUGAGUCAGUUUGUAUCAGCCAAGACGGGAGAUUCGGUCUACCUUUGUUUCCAGAGAGUGGCUGCUGAGAUUCUUGGUAUAAAACUGAACAAAGCAGAAAUAGAGCAGUCUCAGCGUGUGGUGAAGGCAGAUAUCGUCAACUACAGUCAGGACACAGUGGCGAGGACAGUCAACCCCCCUCGCAGCUCCAUGUGUGUGAUGCAGUGACCCUUUCAGCCCAGAGACACACAAACACCAACCAACAUGUGUACAUAUUUCCAGCCAGUAUUAGUCUUUAUAGGGUUUUGGGGUGAUGGAAUAAAAAGGAUUUUGGGGAAUGGUCUCUACAUUCACGUGUUCAAAAAGGUGAGUAGCACAGAAACAAGUUCUUAAGGAAUUUGAGUAAAAUACUAUUGGACAUCAGUUUGCUCUUGUUGAUGUGCAGCUACCACUUUAUAUUUAUGAUGCUGACGACAAGUCAUACAUUAACCUAAAGCUGUUUGUUUUGAGGAAAAGGAAACUAAAGGCCAUGUCGCUCAGCCACGACGUACAUUUUGCACAUUUUCCACGUAUGAAAUUUAGUUAUUUUAUGAUACAUGCGUGAUAGACGUAAUUCAUUAGUGUUUCUUGCGUUGGUCAUUCGUCAAGGUUUUUUUUUUACGUGAAUUCCAUUUUAAGCUGUUCAAAAUUUUUUGGUUGGUUGAGAAUUACGCAGUUUACGCGUAUUCUAUGUAGUUUAUACACAAUUAUUAUUUAAUCUUACGCAAUUGUGUGUGAUAUUUGCGAGAUCUUUACGCAAAUUUGCUGCUUUCCACAAUGUACUUCUAACAGACUUUUCACAGAUUUACCACUGUUGUACAACUUAUAUAGGGCCUACAUGUGGCAAAAAUCAAAUUACAUAAUUGACACACAAAUCACUAAUGACUUGCAUAUAAACUGUGCUUUAAUUGUUAUUAACAAUAAUUUACGUGUUCUUUUGUGGGUUUUAUUCAUGCUGUGGUUAUAAUGUGGUUAAUUUGUGAUACAACUUUGAAAAUUUCAAAUAAAGACCACAACGUUUUCUUAAUUUUUUCGCAUAUAUUCACAUAUGAUCAAUCUUCAUCCCUGUAAUAUGCACAACAUGUAAGUAGUGGCUGUGUGACAAGGCUUUAGGUCACGGUGAUGUUGGAUGUCUUCUUAUAAGCACAUUUCCUUUGACUGUAGUUAUUAGAUUGAGUGUUUUUCCAAAGAUGUUGCCAGCUUUGUGAUGCUUAUCUGUAAUUCAGGCUUCAAACAGACAUCUGAUGUGUCUGAUAGUCACAACGCUGAACCAAAAACUCUUUAGUUUGACAGCCUCACUACACAGUUGGUGCUGCUGCACCAUGGCUAUAGGACAGCUAUGGCUGACCAAAAUAAGCCCACAGAAGAGCCCAAAAUUUAUCUCCAAAAUGUAAAAGUCAGCACAAUUCACAACUUACAUGUUAACUUGGAAAAAACACCUCAAUUAACAUAAAAGAAAAGCAGACAAGUGUUUUGUGAGUGGAUAGAGGAUCAGGCAAAUGAGUCUAAAUCAGCUGCACGCUUUAUUUUAAUGUCAGCUCUCAAAAGGCCUCUUCAAAUUAUCGUAUUUUGUGUGCUGCUGUAUCAAUCUGCAUGUAUCUUUUUUGCCAAUAAGGGGCUCACAGUAACAGUGAUGUGAUGUAAACUGUUUUUUACUUCAAAAUGCAUUAAAUCAUCAUGUUCCUUUUCUAUGCUAUAUUGUACAGAGAAAGCCCUGCUAUUUGCUAUAGUGUCCAUGUGUUCCAAGUGUGUUUUGUAGAAUAUGCAGUGGAUUUUAGUAGUUAGUCUGAUGUACGGUUAUAUUUUCUGGCUCAGCCUGUGAGAAGAACAUGCAGAGGCUGAAUCUGAAUCAGCAGAGUCACGCUGAGUAAAAGUGAAGCUCAGCAUUAACAGAUGGUUCUUUAUUUGAAGUAUUUUUGUCAAAACAGCUUAUGCGUAAUGGCACAUGUUGACCUAACGGGAUUCCACGUUGUGUCCACCAACCAAAAUGCUGCUGUGUGUGCAAAAUUAUUUGUACAAUAAAAGCAUCUAUGCUGCA